GAACUCCACCCGGGAUCUCCUUCAUCCCCAACGCUCCUCACCUAGCCCCUGUCCUGAGGGUGCUCCUAACCCUAGAGCCAGCUUUAAAGGGGCAGGCCCCUUCUCCUGCCCCAGCCCCACCCACCGGGCCCCCAUUCUCCGUCUUCCAGGCCCAGCGCUCCCUUACAGAACUCCCCCGCACCUUGUCUCGCUCGCUCCGCCCCUCCUUCCCAGCCACAGCUGGAGGUCCUGGGCGCACCUGCAGAGCCGGCGGCUUGCUGGGGGCAUGCGCUCCAUGAAGGCUCUGCAGAAGGCCCUGAGCCGGGCCGGCAGUCACUGCGGGCGAGGAGGCUGGGGUCACCUGAGCCGGAGCCCCCUCCUUGGCGGGGGCGUCCGGCACCACCUCAGUGAGGCCGCGGCGCAGGGCAGAGAGACGCCACACAGCCACCAGCCGCAGCACCAGGAUCAACGGAGUCUCACUCUGUCACACAGGCUGGAGUGCAGAGGCACCAUCUCGACUCACUGCAAUCUCCACCUCCUGGGUUCAAGUAAUUCUCCUGCCUCAGCCUCUGGAAUAGCUGGGAUUACCUCGAGUAGCUGGGAUUGCAGUGAUUCAUCAGAAAGUGGCAUGCUGUCCCGCCUGGGUGAUUUGCUCUUUUACACUAUUGCUGAAGGACAGGAACGAAUCCCUAUCCACAAGUUCACCACUGCACUAAAGGCCACUGGACUGCAGACAUCAGAUCCUCGGCUCCGAGACUGCAUGAGCGAGAUGCACCGCGUGGUCCAAGAGUCCAGUAGUGGUGGCCUCUUGGACCGAGAUCUCUUCCGAAAGUGUGUGAGCAGCAACAUUGUGCUCCUGACCCAGGCAUUCCGAAAGAAGUUUGUCAUUCCUGAUUUUGAGGAGUUCACGGGCCAUGUGGAUCGCAUCUUUGAGGAUGCCAAAGAGCUCACUGGAGGCAAAGUGGCAGCCUACAUCCCUCAGCUGGCCAAGUCAAACCCAGACCUGUGGGGUGUCUCCCUGUGCACUGUGGAUGGUCAGCGGCACUCUGUGGGCCACACAAAGAUCCCCUUCUGCCUGCAGUCCUGUGUGAAGCCCCUCACCUAUGCCAUCUCCAUAAGCACCCUAGGCACUGACUACGUGCACAAGUUUGUGGGCAAAGAGCCAAGUGGCCUGCGCUACAACAAGCUCUCCCUCAAUGAGGAAGGAAUCCCCCAUAACCCCAUGGUCAAUGCUGGUGCCAUUGUUGUCAGCUCCCUGAUCAAGAUGGACUGUAACAAAGCAGAGAAGUUUGAUUUUGUGUUGCAGUAUCUCAACAAAAUGGCUGGGAAUGAAUACAUGGGUUUCAGCAAUGCCACAUUCCAGUCAGAGAAGGAAACAGGGGAUCGGAAUUAUGCCAUCGGCUAUUAUCUCAAGGAAAAGAAGUGCUUUCCUAAGGGGGUGGACAUGAUGGCUGCCCUUGAUCUCUACUUCCAGCUGUGCUCUGUGGAGGUCACUUGUGAAUCAGGCAGUGUCAUGGCAGCCACCCUCGCCAAUGGUGGGAUCUGCCCCAUCACAGGCGAGAGUGUGCUGAGUGCUGAAGCAGUGCGCAACACCCUCAGCCUCAUGCAUUCCUGCGGCAUGUAUGACUUCUCUGGCCAGUUUGCCUUCCACGUGGGCCUGCCAGCCAAGUCAGCUGUAUCAGGAGCCAUCCUCCUAGUGGUACCCAAUGUCAUGGGAAUGAUGUGCCUGUCACCCCCAUUGGACAAGCUGGGGAACAGCCACAGGGGGACCAGCUUCUGCCAGAAGUUGGUGUCUCUCUUCAAUUUCCACAACUAUGACAACCUGAGGCACUGUGCUCGGAAGUUAGACCCACGGCGUGAAGGGGCAGAAGUUCGGAACAAGACUGUGGUCAACCUGUUAUUUGCUGCCUAUAGUGGCGAUGUCUCAGCUCUUCGAAGGUUUGCCUUGUCAGCCAUGGAUAUGGAACAGAAAGACUAUGACUCGCGCACAGCUCUGCAUGUUGCUGCAGCUGAAGGACACAUCGAAGUUGUUAAAUUCCUGAUCGAGGCUUGCAAAGUGAAUCCUUUUGUCAAGGACAGGUGGGGCAACAUUCCCCUGGAUGAUGCUGUGCAGUUCAACCAUCUGGAGGUGGUCAAACUGCUUCAAGAUUACCAGGACUCCUACACACUCUCUGAGACUCAGGCUGAGGCAGCAGCUGAGGCCCUGUCCAAAGAGAACUUAGAAAGCAUGGUAUGAGCACAGGUCAUGGAGAGCCCCUGCUCAAGAAAAAGCAUGAGCUGGCCACACAUGUAAUCCAUAACCACCAAAAAUACUAUGGAGAGCUACACUGCUUCAGUGGGGACCAAGCAGUCAUUUGGUGACUUAGGCUAGUGCUUUCUAUGGGAGUCAAAAUACCCCAUUCCCUCAGCAGACAGAGUACAGAGAAGGGCCUCAGAGGACACCUGCAGUAGAGCUAUCCAGAGAGAAUGGGCUUCAAGGUACAGCCUAAUGGCUUGCCCCACUCAAAACCAUCCCAGCUCUUCACCCAGGUCUCUUCCUCUCCCUGAAGAAACCAUCAAGAGAGAGAUACUCUGGUGGAGGGACUCUAGCUACCAUGCACAUGUACAUAUCCACAGAAUAUGGGACGUGGGAAUGGCUAUAUACAUGGCUUUAGUAGUCUGGAGAGAUCUACUCCCCUUGGCCAGGACAUGCUGCUGCUACUGCUAACAGCCAAUUUUAUAGACAGAGAAAGUAUUUUGUGUUCAAAUAAACUUUAAUUACCAAA